AUGGGUUGGGGAAUGAAGGGAGAUUCCAGCAGACAAAGUAGCUUAAACGACAACUCACAAAUAUCAAGUGCAUUUCCAAGGGAGCCAAAGCUAGAAUUCCUAAAGAACAUCACAAAAGACUUCUCAAGUGAACGAGAGGUUGGACAUGGUGCAUUUGGAGUGGUUUAUAAGGGCAUACUUCAGAGUGGACAACUGGUUGCUGUGAAGAAGCUUGUGCGGACAUCCGGAGUUCAUGAUAGACGGUUUCAGAAUGAGGCAGGCACUCUCCAGAUUCUGGAGCACAGAAAUAUAGUCAGGUUACUUGGUUCUUGUUACCAAGUAGAAAAGAAAUUGGUGGAGAGAAAUGGCAGACAUUUUCUCUCAGAUGUUCCAGAAAAAUUCCUCUGCUAUGAAUAUUUGUCUAAUGGAAGCCUUGACAAAUACAUUUAUGGUAUGAAUCCUAAUGGUCUUGGUCUACGAUAG